AUGGUGGAUGGGGGGGGGUACACCAAGCCGCCCUGCGAACAGUGCGGGGAGAAAAAUGUCUGCAUGAUGAAACCCUCCAACCGGAAAAAACUCUGCAGGGACUGCUUCACCGAGGGCUUCGAAGAAGACGUACACGCUACAAUUGUAAAGAAAAACAUGUUUCAUGAAAAGGACAAAAUUUGCAUUGCCGUGUCGGGUGGCAAGGACUCUAGCGUGUUAGCACAUGUUCUUGUUCACAUAAAAAAAAAGUACAACUACAAGUGGGAUCUAUUCCUGUUGGCCAUCGAUGAGGGCAUAAAAGGUUACCGUGAUGAUUCGCUAAAAAUUGUAUAUAUGUUGCGGGAGAAGUACAAUUUACCCCUUAAGGUGUUAAAGUUCGAGGAUAUUUUCACCUACACCAUGGACACCGUUGUUAGUUUUAUCGGGAAAAAGAACAACUGCACCGUUUGCGGUGUUUUUCGGAGACAGGCAAUGGAGAGGGGUGCACUACUAUUUAAUGCCACCAAGCUGGUGACGGGGCAUAAUGCAGACGACUUGGCAGAGACGAUUCUUAUGAACAUGUGCAGGGGCGACCUGGAGAAACUGGCCAAGGGGGUGGACACGAUGUCGGAAAUGAAGAUAGAAAUAUCACAAGUGGAAAAGGAAAAGGGGGGGUCAUGCUGCGGCGGCGAGUGCACGCGGGGAGAAGCCUCAAUAGAACGUGGAACGGACAAUCCAGAUGCCCUAAUAGAAGCUUCACCUGCCACCCAUGUGGAGUUGGCCCCACCGGAAGAGGAACAUCCGUUUUUCCUGCCCCGACUGAAGCCCCUCAUGUGGUGUUAUGAAAAGGAAAUCGUCCUAUACGCAUUUUACAAAAAGCUGGACUACUUCAGCACGGAGUGCACCUACUCCCCCAACUCAUUCCGCGGAAACUUACGGAGCUUCAUAAAAGACCUAGAAAUGAUUAACCCGCAGUUCAUACUUAACAUAAUUCACUCGUCUGAAUUUUUUUAUCACAACAGCAGCAGGAGGAAGGUGCUUCAGGUGUGCGAGCGCUGUGGAGUGUACACGUCCAACCCGGUCUGCAAAGCUUGCCUCAUCGUGGAGGGGCUGCGAAAUUAUAAAGACAACUCUUUUCUGUACGCCAAUACGAAGAAGAAGAAGAAUGGGGAGAGGCGCCGCAUCCCCAUACAGUACGACCCGGGGGUAGCUGCGCAAAAUGCCAAGCGUGAUAACAAUGCCAAUGUAGGGCCGGGUGCGGAAGCUUCUGCUUAA